UUUUAUGGUGUUGCAUUAAAUGAGUAGAUCAUGGAAGACCAUAUCAAGUUUGAUCAGGCAUUUGAGGCUGCAGCCGAAGAUAUCCAGGCUGAAAAAGCAGACGAACGUGUUUCCGACGAGAAGUAUGAGGAACUGAGCGACUUGCCAAUAAUUACCCUGGACAACUUCGAAGAACCGUGGUCCCAGAACAGCCGCUAUGUCCUAACCAGUCCUAGAUCCUUGGAGUCAUGUAGUAAAUUUGCUAUAAAGCCAGUUGAUUUGCUGAAGAAGACAAUGGAUGAUUUCUACGAGGAGUUUCCGAAUGUAAAUAGGAAUGUAGUUAGAGGAAUGUUUGAGCGUGAAGAGCGGGAAAGACAGCGAAGGUUGCGGCUCGUGAGGUGUGAGCGAGAAAGCUUAAUAGAAAAAGGGUUGACGUCGAAAGUUUCGGAGUCAGAAGUUCCAGAACCAGAGUUGUUUGUUCAUGGAUCUAACUGUGAACAUUCAGAAAUUGACACCUAUGGGCAACAUGGAGGAGAUUCCAGAGAAGCUAGCCCUGUAAGAAAGGCUCAUUUUAUGGAGCCUCCUGAAUCAAAAGAAGAAUAUAGAUCACUCGAAGAUUCGGGCCAUGAUGUUGAAGCGCUAGAUGCUUUGAAAAGACGAUAUAAGGAGCAACUUGCACGGAUUUCGGGCGCACACGGAAAACCAGCUUCAAACCAGGAAUAUGGAAGAGUUAUAGCUCGUUCUCCGUCUGCGUGUUCGAACAAGCAGCCUUUGUUUACGAAAACAAAGUUCGCCAAGUCGAUCAGCAGUGAUUCAUUUUCAGCGUCUACUACCGGAGAAACUGUACAUCUUGAAGCAGCAGCUAGAAUAAGGAGUCGGGAGGCAAAGAAACGAAGUGAAAUUGAAGUGAAAAAAUGGCGAGAACUCGAGCGGAAAAAGCAACAAGAGGCGCGUAAGAAAGCAUUGGAAGAUGAACGCAAUCAUGCUGUUCAAUGUAUGCAAAAUGACUUGGAAAAACGGGGUCAUCGAGCCAUAAUGAGUAAGAUUGAACUAGAACGGACAGAAAAAUUAACGAAAGUUGUUGAGAAUGCUGAAAGAGAGCUAAAGCACAUUCAGAACAAAAAAGCGAUGGACGAACAGCUUUGGAACUCACUUGACGUAAAGAAAAGUUACAUCGAAAGUAAGCAUGACCUAGCCAAGGAACGGCAUUUGCGGGCUCAGAUGCAGAAAGAAGCUGAGAUAAGGAAGAAAGUGAGGGCGGAUACAGUCAAAGCGGAAUUAGUUCGACAAAGCAUGAUGAGAAAGGAGGAAGAAAUGGAACAUUGGAGACACAUGACAGCUGUAAAGUUGGCUCAAGAUGAAGAAAGGGCUGUGAAGUUUAACGAGACGCAAACGAAAAGAAAGCAGCGGAAAGUUCGCACACAUUUAGUUCAGAAAGAACAGCUUCACAGAUCUACAAAAAUGAAAGUUGAUGCCGAAAAUAAAAGAAUGCAGAAGCUACUUGAAAGCGAAAUCAACGCAAAGGAUACGAGAGCGAAGGUCUUAAAAGAGGAAAAAGAUUAUACAGCUCAAAAAAGACGGGAAAUGGCGUUGCUUGCCAAACAAACGGAAGAUAUGAGGCUAAGUAGCUCAAGGAAUGAUUUUCACGAGAAAGCGCUGCAGGCCGAGAUAACAAAUAACAUUCUGUUCAACUACCGUAAGAUGGCCUUUAAGUCAAAAUGAUCAAUGGAUAUUUCUCGUUCAUCAAAUAACUCAUCAGCUUGCCUUACUUGAGGAUUUUAUCACCAAUAUUUUCACUAAUGUUUUCUUCCAUCAUGUGUAUAGAUAGAUCUUGUAAAUAUAAACUUACUCUUUUGUAAAUUUGUUUUAAUAUCUUUAUUUGUUCAACUUUUCAAGUAA